UAACUUUAUUAUUACUAUAUUAUAACUAUAUUAUAUUACUUUAUAUAAUUUUACUAUACUUAUUAUAUUAUAAUAAUUUAUAUAACUUUAUUUUACUAUAUUAUACUUUUACUGUAAAAAUAUUACUAUAUAUUUGAAAUUACUAUAUACUGCUUAUUUUGAAGUUACAAGCGGGAUACAAGUCACACAAUUAAUAUCACAACUCUUAUAAUCAUAACAAUAUUCUUAGAAAGUAUUAUUACAGAUCAUUUCUUACAGUACAUGUUAUUCCUACACACAAGUCGUGCUAAUUUAUAAAUCUACAUAACUUGGAACCUAAUUAAUUUGCACGACGAGUACAUUUUGACAAAGUGCGUAUCGAAAUCGAAAUGGAACGAAAGAAGAAAGUCGCGAGUUUCAUUAAGUUCAAAGAUUGAUCCUCUUAAUCUUUUAACCCGAAAUGAUAACUCGUCACCGAAAAAUGCUUCUCUAGCAAGCAAGAUUCACCCUAAGUUUCUAACAAUUUUCCAACUUCCCAAUAACGAGUUGACUUGUUAGUCUCCCGUUAAGAGGUUUGGAAUUAGAAAUUAUAAUAUAAUCUAUUUAUAGAUACUGAGACAUUAUUGCGAUCGCAAUGGAAUUAAUUAUUACUACUACUACUGUUACACAGUAAUGCAUUUCAUAUUUCUGACAUGUGCAUGUAUCUACCUCUAUCGCGUAAUAUUCUUUAUACGAUCUACGAUCAAGUGUUAUCUAUUGAAUCUUGGAUCCAACUGGUGCAGCGAUGUAAGAACGAAAAACUGUGAAAUAUCAAGUCUAGUCUUUAUGUUGUCCGUGUCGGAGCAUAAAGUUUCAAUUAUGGCGUGCAGAUGAAUAUACCGGUGAUCUCGUACGGCUUCGUUUUAAGAUAAAAAUGAACGGAGUCUUAUUGAUUCCUGGAAAAAAAUUCCCUUGAAUGAUUGCAAAUCGCUCGAUCAAAAUUGUACAAGUUUGGAUGUACAUCGGACAUUUUUUAUUCUUGUCAAACACUUGUUUACAACAUUUCCCUCUUAUUACACACAUUAAACUGAUCUUUUGAGAGAUCAAAGCUCAAAGCAUGGCUGAUCCGACGAUACAAACAUUCUGUUGUCAUCAUUCCAACAAUACAGACAUGGCAAUUAUGAUUAUGCAAGAGUUCAAUACAGACGCAUACAACACUGUUUGUAUGCUUUCCUCUUCCAUUGGUAUCCUAGGUGCAGUGUACCAGAUACUUCCAAGGGAGAUGUCUGAUCUUCCCCAUAGAUGGCAAAGUUUUUCCAUGUCUAGAGGAAGAGAGAUCAUCAUAUGGCUUGCGAUUGCAGAUCUCCUGGCAUCGUUGGGCUUGGACGCAGUAUUUUUAUAUGGCAACAUGGAUCUGGACCCUUUGCUACGCCAUAGACAUGAAACUGUUACUAGGAGACAGAUCUGGACAUCCCACUUGUUAUCAUGCUUUCGCCUGGAUAUGUCCAGCAAUUUUAACAACAUUUGGUUUAACAAUUUUAUACGUACCAGAUGCGAAUUGCCAUAAUUUAACAUCAUUAUCCACCGCCAUAUUACGUAUUCUGCCAAACUAUUGUGCUACCUACGUGCUACUAGCAGUGGUUAUGAUAAUCAAUCCUCUGUUAUACUUCGCGUCGACGCGAGAUCUUCAAACUGCUAUCACUUGCAGUUUGGCACAAAUGACAGGGAGAGAAAGAAAAUUGGUGCAAGCGAUAAAGCUCAAAUUUGCAUUAACUAACUUUGUAUACUAUGUAUGCUGGCUACCGAAUUUAAUUAAUGGAAUUUUGUUAUGGACUUUGUGGUUCCAACUGCCAAUCAAGGCCAUUAUUAUUCUUUGGUACAUAAUGGCUGUGACGAAUCCUCUUCAAGCUUUCUUCAAUGCUCUUGUCUAUAAAAGCUGGGGUAAGAGGGAAAAGUUUCGACUGGAAUGCUGUCAGAAGUUAGGGAACUUCAAUUUGAGUCAAAUCACAAAAGGGGAUACCAGUAUGCGAUUGUCGGAAUCAUCACCUUUAUUAGAUCCAAAAUUCGGGUGUCCUCCACAUACGAGUAUUAACGGGUCCUCAUCGUUUUGAGAACUGUGAUACAAGAAUAUCCCUCUUUAAACCAUAAAGAUAAAAAAUCUACUGCCUUUUAUCACUCUUUUUAGAAGAAACUAUAUUUUUAAUAUUUACAAAUUUUUCAAUCUUCUUUAAAGAGAUAAUAUGCUCAAUGGCUCACAGGAAAAAUAUGAAAGGAAUAACUAUUUAUAGGAAAAUAUUGUAAAUAUGACAGAUUUCUUUUUUUACGUACACGUUAUAAAGUAAGAUUUUCUAGAGAUUAUAUAAUAUAAUGGUAAAGAGCUUUAUAAAAAAUUAAUUCUUCGUACUAAUUUGAUAAACACAUUUGUUAAUUGUUGUAAAUGUUAAGAGAUUUUAUUUUUUGCGUUAGUUAUCAGUAUAACUUUUUCAUGCAUUUAAUGUAGAAUUCAGUAUAAGUAAAUUGCAAAUUGUUAAACAUAACUGAAUUUUUUACGAAUUCAUCACGUAGAAAUUAUAAAUAUAUUAAAAAAUAAUAAUAUAUUUAAAAACAUGAUGAUUCAUUGAUUUUGUUGUUUUUAUUAAUAAAGAUGUUAUGAUUAUUAAUAAAGAGCAUCUUUAAAGAAUAUAAUAUAUGUAGAUUUUUCAAAGGAGAUACGUCGAUUUCUUUGUUUAAUCGAUUUUAUUUAUACAACAACCCUUUUCCUUUUAAUAAAAAAAAUUUUUAUGUACAUCACUAUUAACAAAUGAUCGAACGUUCAUUCGUUUAGAGAUUUAUCUUACAUAUAUCUUACAAAGAGUACCAAGGCUAUGUUUUUCAGCAACAAGUUAUAUUUACGUAUAGCACCAAAGUAACUACACAAAUGUGAGGAAGAUAACAACUAACGUAAAAUUUAUUUAUUCAUACUAAUACACUAAACUUUAGUGUUUGUUACAUGUAAGAACGUAAUGUUUUUUACCUUUAAAACUGUAAAUCAUCGUACGAGUAGAAAUUGCCAAAAUACUGUAAGAAUUGAUUAUGCAGAAUUGAUUAAUUUAUUUCUAAAAUAAUCAUUCUUUUACCUUUAAACGGAAAGGAACUAUCGUGCGUCAUUAAACUCGGUUGACUAAUAUUUUAGAAACAUUAGUCUUAGACUUGCGUAUAUUCGUUUCACAUUAUCUAAAUCAUUUUCUUAGUACGUUACAUAUAUCAGUUGCUCGUUUUUUAAAUACUUUCUUUUAAAAAUAGACUCGAUUUUAAUAAAAUAA